AUGCAGCAGUCCAGUGCUUCUGCUACUCCAUCGUGUUCUUCAAAAGUGGUCAUACUCAGUAAUGUUCCAUAUCACGGUGAUUUGUUAAGUCAUAAAAAACGACAGAACAAGGCGACAAAAGAUUCAAAGAAAUAUAAACGCAAUGUUAAUAAAGAAUUACGGAUGAGAGGUGAGAAUUAUUUAGGAUACAGAAGAGACAGAAAAGCAAAGACUAAUGAAACAUUUAAAGUGAAACAAGACGUAUUUAAGCCUGCAAGAUCCAUGAAACCACCGUGCGCUUCUGCGUUUUGCAAGAAAUCCAAACUCAGAUCAUGUGACAACAUAAACGAACAACAGCGGCAAUAUUUGUUUGAAAAUUUCUGGAAGAACAUGAACUGGGAGCAGAGAAGAUCUUUAAUAACUUCUCACGUUAAUAAAGUACCCAAGAAAAUUACAAAAAAUCCAGAAUUAUCCAAAAGAACUGAUAGUCGAACUUACGUUUUGACGAUUGAUAAUCCGUUACCACAUCGUCCCACGCCUAUUAACAGCAUAAAACAAAUAAAUCACCUGCAAAAAUUGUAUGCAGCUAGAAUACCAAUUACAAAGAGGAAGCAGUUUUUUUCGUCUCCUGUAAACUUGGUAAAAAUGACUUAUGCGGUGUUGUUAGCUAAGGGACGAAAUGAACCUACCAGUGAUGAUAUUGAUGACUCGGAUGACGAUAAUGAAGAACUAGACUCAGGAUUAGUCAUUGAAACUGAAAAUGGUCAGGAUUUGACUAAUGAUCGGAAUAUUAAUAAAGUAGUAACA